CCGGCCGAGUAUUUGUCAAAUCAAAUCUUUUUCACAUGUUCUUGUGUUCUUCUACACGUUCGUUUGCUCGAAAUCACUUCAUACCUGAUCGGGUAUAGGGGAUACCCGACCGGAUAUUUGCUAAUUUCGCAGCAACUUCCUCUUUCACUUCAUACCCGGCCGGGUAAAGGCAUAUCCGACCGGGUUUUGCACAAAACCUCAGGUUUUCUCAACCUUCUUGUUUCCAAACCUAUCCUAAACUUAUAGCCCAACUAACUACAACUAACAACAAACAAUAAAAUGUUAAAAAUACGAUUACAAUCAAAUGCAAACUAACAACUACAAACUUGCAUAACACUAGCAAAUAAACAUUACAAACGAUAAUAAAAAUGUACACUUAGACACUAACAACUAGUGCGUAUCAGUAAGUCAAGCCACAAUGGCUACCUCAGCAAAAGAAACAGCAUUAACCUCUGUUGCUGCACAUGUUGAGGAGGUGGAUAACUCUGGUAUGUAUAAUUCUAACCCUACUAAAAAUAGCAGUUGGAUCAUCGACACAGGAGCAACCGAUCAUAUGACCAAUGACCCAUGUAAACUUGUAUCGAUAUGCACUCCUAAACAAACUAAGACUAUUACUGCUAACGGAGGGACAACCCUUGUAUCUGGUGAAGGAUCUGUACGCAUAUCCAACACCAUGAAUCUGAACAAAGUCCUUGUUGUUCCCUCAAUAUCUUCAAAUCUGUUAUCUAUAUCCCAAAUAACAAAAAAUCUGAACUGUUUUGCAACUUUCUGGCCUGAUAAGUGUAUGUUCCAGGACAUCAAGACUCACCGGAUUCUUGGCUAUGGUACUAGGCGGGGGGGAGUUAUAUUAUCUUGAAGAUCAAAAGCAUGGUGAAGCUCUCAACACCGGAAUAGCUCAAGGGAAUAAGAAGUUGACAUGAUUAUGGCAUCUUAGGCUAGGACAUUUGUCAUUUAGUUACCUUAAAAAAUUAAAACCAAGCUUGUUUAUCGGAAAAGAAGAUGACUACGAGUGUGGAGUGUGUGAAAUGGCCAAAAGUCAUAAAACUGUGUAUGCUCCAAGUGAUAAUAAAAAUUCGAUUCCGAUGUAUGGGGACCAGCUCGAAUCUCUACACCUAGUGGAGCUCGUUAUUUUGUAACAUUUAUCGAUGAAUGUACUCGUAUGAUAUGGAUUUCUCUUCAUAAACACAAAUGAGAAGUGUGUUCAGUGUUCCAGGAGCUAUAUCGAAUGGUUAAAUCACAAUACAGGUGUGACAUUCAGGUUCUACAAUCUGACAAUGAGAGCGAAUAUGUUAAUCACAAGAUGGAAAGAUUCUGCAAGGAUAAUUCCAUACGACACCAAACCUCAUGUGUUGGAAACCGACAACUAUUAGAGAUUGUUCGGGCAUCCUUGUUUGACAUGAAUGUUCCUCGUCACUACUGGGAGAAGCAGUUCGGUCGACUGCUUAUCUCAUGAAUAGAAGUAGACGGAUCCGUUGAAGAAAAUAUGGAGGAAGAGAACAUACAAAUGCAGAUUACUCCAGACAAUGAGAUGGAAGUAGACGGAUCCGUUGAAGAAAAUAUGGGACCAGAGGCUGGAGAAAAUAGCCGAUGCAAUGAGGACACAGAUGGCAUCACUUCAAUUCACCUUCCGUCACUACCACAGGAAUUGUCUACGAUAACCUCAAGUCCUAACGAAUUGUUUUUGCAGGAUAUUCCAGACACAGAUGGUGUGCAUGAGACGUCUCCCGAGCCCAGGUAUCCAGUAAGGCAGAAUCCAGGAGCCCCGAAAAAGAAUUAUCAACCCGAUCUUAGGGCAAAAGCCAAAUAUCCCAUUAAUAAUUAUGUGUCUUCUCACCGGCUGGCCAAAUCUCGGACUCUCUUAAUACGACAACUAUCCUCAGUGUCUAUUCCAAGUGACGUCUAAGAAGCAAUGAAAGACAUAAAAUGGAAGAAAGCUAUGAACGACGAAAUGGAGGCCUUACAGAAGAAUCAUACAUGGGAAUGGGUGACUCUUCCUCCGGGAAAGAAGACAGUGGGUUGCAGGUGGAUAUAUAAUGUCAAACUAGACUCCGACGGGAAUAUUAACAGAUAUAAAGCCAGACUUGUAGCGAAAGGGUACACUCAAAAAUAUGGGAUUGAUUAUGGAGACACUUUUGCUCCCGUAGCAAAGAUAAACACCAUUCGUAUUCUUCUUUCUAUAGCAGCAAAUGAAGACGGGUCGUUACGACAAUUUGAUGUCAAAAAUGUAUUUCUAAAUGGUCACCUGGAUGAAGAAGUGUACAUGGACCCUCCUCCUGACAUAUACCGCAAUGGAAAAGUGUGUAAGCUGAAAAGGGCAUUAUAUAGGUUAAAACUGUCCCCCAGAGCCUGGUUUGGGAGGUUUUCAACCUUUAUGAAGAAGAGUGGAUACAAGCAGAGUGAUGCAGAUCACACACUCUUUGUCAAAACACAAAAGAAGAGCAUAACAGCCUUGAUUGUAUACGUUGAUGAUAUGGUAGUUACAGGAAAUAAUCCCAAAGAAAUGGCUAUUCUCCAGAAGGUACUUGCAGCAGAGUUCGAACUAAAAGACCUUGGGAACCUAAAAUAUUUCCUAGGUAUAGAAGUUGCUAGAUCAAAACAAGGAAUAUCUAUGUGUCAACGAAAGUAUGUGUUGGACCUACUAGCAGAGACAUGUAUGCUUGACUGUCGGCCAGCUGAAACACCAGUAGAAGUAAAUCACUGAUUGAUGAUACGCCGGCCGGAUCAAGUCCCAACAAAUAAAGAAAGGUAUCAAUGGCUAGUUGGGAAGCUGAUUUACUUAUCACACACUCGGCCAGACCUAACAUAUGACGUUAGCGUGUCUUCUCCAGGAAAAGGAAUAUUUUUUGCAAAAAAUCAAAGUGCAGGUGUUAGCGGAUACACGGAUGCAGAUUGGGCAGGAGAUGGAACUGAUGGAAAAUCAACGUCGGGAUACUUCACAUUUGUUGGAGGCAAUCUUGUCACCUGGAGAAGUAAAAAACAGAAGGUCGUUGCUAGGUCAAGUGCAGAAUCAGAGCUUCGAGGAAUGGUUCACGGUGUUUGUGAACUACUAUGGAUAAAACGUAUAUUAAGAGACCUUGGGAUUAGGCUCACAAAUCCAAUGAAGCUAAAUUGUGAUAACCAAGCGGCAGUGAAGAUUGAAAAUAACCCCGUUCAUCAUGAGAUGACAAAGCAUGUGGAAGUC